CUCUAUCUAUCUGGUACCUUGUACUCUACUAGCAUAUCUAUGUUGAAACAUUGCAGACAGCGGCGGCGCGAGUGAUUACCCUUGCUUUCGUAGCGAGCAUACCGGUAGACCAUGGCGUCGCCAGCAGCUUUAACUGUCGGCAUGGCAUUGUUGUCUUGGUUCGUUGUAAGAAAGCUACGAGGGAGACAGAACUGUAAGAAACGCGCGCGUCGCGUGCGGCGCCCAGAGCCACUGUGUUCAUCGGACCCGGACGAAAUCAGUGUGGUGGUGUACAACGUGCUGGCCGACCACUACUGCACGCCCAAGCGCUACCCCUACGUGCGCCAGGAGUGGCUGCACUGGCCGCACCGCUGGCGGGUGUUGCAGGAGCAGCUGGCCUCCUUCGGCGCCGACAUCAUCUGCCUGCAGGAGGUGGAGCCCUCCAGGUGGCAGGACUUCCUGGCCAGUCCUGCGCUGGCGGGCUACUCGGGGAUCAUCCAGGACCGGCGCGGCUGCGACGCCCUCAUCGCCAACGCCAUCCUGUACCGGCCCGACAAGCUGCAGCUGGUGUGGCGGGAGAGCCGCAGCCGGGCGCUGCUGGCGGCCUUCGUGUGCUGGGACGGGCUGGGGCAGCAGCAGCUGCUCUACGUUGCCAACCUGCACCUGGAGGGCCACCCCUUCCGCCCCAACGACCGGGUCAGCCAGGCCCGCUCCGCGCUGCAGCGGCUGGAGGCGCACGUGCGGCAGCACGGG